AUCUGUUGCUAUUAGAUGUCAGCCAGUUUCACUUCUCUGCAGUACAGUACAGGAAUCAGGAGUUGCAUCUCUUUGCUCUCUUUAGAAACAGUCCAGGCAAAAAGAUACGUUCUCAUUCAGGUCGAGCCUUUUCUUCAGAGCUUUUUCAUCUGCUAUCUGUUCCUUGUUUCAGGUAAGACAAUCUUGGAAAAGAUGCUUCUCUCUGUGACUGUAUUCCUCAUGCUCAUGCCGUGCUCCUGGGGAGAGAAUCCUGCCGUGCAAGUCAUCCUGACAAACAAGGGGCUACAGUAUGGUAAACACGUGGGAACUGGAUGGGUUCAAGACAAGUUGAAACAAAUAACCCUCCCUGACAUCAGUGGUAGUGUAAACAUCUUUAUUGGAGAAGUACACUACACAUUAUCAGGUGUGACUAUUAAAAAGUGUGACCUCCCAGAGCCUAAUGUUGAGUUCUUCAAAAGUAUAGGCUUGAAUACAUCCAUCACUGGUCUCAGUUUUGCUGCUAGUGGUGAAUGGAGCACACGGUUUGGUGUAAUACAUGACGGUGGAUCAUUCGACAUGGCUAUAUUCAACAUUGGUCUGAUCUCUUAUGUGAAACUGAGAAAUGAUGCUAAGGGGCAUCUGUUUGCCACCAGCAUCGGCUGUGAUGCUUCAGUCGGUGACGUGAUCCUCAAUUUCUACGGUGGAGCUAGUAUUAUUUUUAAGCCAUUUAUCAAGUAUUUCAAGGGACAUAUACUUAGGAAAAUACAAGAGGCCAUCUGUCCUGCGGUUAGGACAGCCAUAAUGGAGUUAGACCUCCAUCUACUGACCAUGAAUGUUUCCUAUAAUGUGAAUGAGGUUCUCAGUCUUGACGUCCCUCUCUCUGGUCUACCUGUCAUUGGUGCCUCAAACCUACAGUUAGGAUUCAAGGGGGAGUUCUACAGCAUCAAAACUCACAAAGAGCCUCCCUUCGAGCCCCAGAAGUUCAUCCUCCCUGCACAGGCAGGCUAUAUGCUGUCAGUGGGAAUGUCUGAGUUCACUCUGAACUCGGCCUCCUAUGGAUACUUCUCAGCUGGAGAGCUUCAUGUCCUCAUUAACGACAGCAUGAUACCUCCUGGUAUUCCUUUCCACCUGAAUACCUCCUCAAUGGGAAAUUUAAUUCCUCAGCUUCCUAAGAUGUUUCCAGGUUUGAUGAUGAAUCUGAAUGUUUAUGCCCGAGAGGCUCCGCUGUUUUCCUUCCAACCCGGCGUCACGACCCUGGGGGUCAAAGCCAGUGUGAAGGCCUCUGCUAUUGAACCAAAUGGUACUCAGGUCCCACUGUUCACACUCAACAUUGAUUUGAGUGCCUCCUUUAAAAUGGUGAUUGGUAAAGGAAAGCUGAUGGGCUCUAUGGCAGUGGAUAACAUUACCCUGAGCCUUGCCUCCUCUGAAAUCGGAGACUUUAAGGUUGAUCCGUUGGAGACCUUAAUGAAGACAGCCGUGCGUCUUGCCCAGAUGAAAGUGAACUUAAUACUGGGUAAGGGCAUUGUUUUACCGAGAAUGAAAUAUGUGCAGCUGGUUAACACAGUACUGAAAAUGGACAAGGGGUUUGUGGCCGUUUUUUCAGAUGUGGAGACUCUGCAAACAGACAGAAACGACUACAUCUAAACAUCAAAUAUGCAAAAUCACUCUUUGUUUUCUAGGUUGAUAAUGAAAUUUUCUCCAGAUUGAACUGAUCCGAAUGUUUUUCCACCAGAUAAAAGCACUUUUUAAUGAUUCAACCACAUCUUUCCAAGACUUGCUAUCAGAUACUGAAUUAACACAUUAAUAACUAUGUCAAAUUAUAAACAAAUCUGGUAAUUAAUACAACUGAUCAAAGACCUGAAGUCUGUAAUUGUUUAAUAAUAAAUAUUAAUAUAGGUCCUACAUGGUGUCUUGCUGAUUUAUUAAAAUUCUCAACAUCUCCGCUCUUCAAUUCUCUAGUUGUGCCAAUAGACAGACUGAUUCAUUUUCACUUAUGAAUAAAACAGGUUAUUUUACUGAAAUGUCUGUAUCACUUUUAUAAGUAGAUACGAGUGGCUGCACAGCUAACAACAAAUCAAUGACUUCCUGUUUUCCUGAACCAAGAGUCUGACGUGAGGCUUCAAUCUUUAUGUGCUAGAGAACUCUUAACUUUGUCACCACAGAGCAGGAGGAUGAGGCAGAUACUGGUUUCCUCCAAAGGUUUCUGUAGGAACCACAUCAAAAUGUUCACCAAGUCUCCAGAACUAAGAAAUCUGUUUAUCUGCUAAGCCUGCUCUCUUUUUCUGUCCCAUCAUCAUUACAAAGUAAAAUGUUUUCUGGUCAGAUUAGACUACCGUACAACUGAUCGUUUGGGCAAGAGAUGAAAGGUCUAGUUUAUGAGGAAAUACUUCAUGCCCCUGUAAAGUAUGCUG